CGCCGGGCCUUCCUCUCGCGCCGCUUCGCAUCCGCUGCGCUCCUUUCCCGGGGCGCAGCGGCCCGGCAACCCGCCGGGGCUGGAGCGCUGGGCGGGCUCUGCGAGCGAAUGAAUGGGCGCCCGGGGGAGGCGCGCGCCUGGGGCUGAAGGGCAUUAGGACCGUGAGGAUCGCUCCGCGCUCCUGUCUCUCCCUAUCACCCCCCCCCCACCCCCCACCUCUCUCCUUUUUCUGCUCUGCAGGACCGAGCAGCCCCGCGCGAGCGAAAACAAACAGCUGGGGCUGAGAGUGGCCCCCGCCCCGGCCCCGAGAGCACGCCGGCCCGGGCCCCUACUCCGGGCGUCCGCCCGCCCACCAUGAGGAAGAUCCGCGCCAAUGCCAUCGCCAUUCUGACCGUAGCCUGGAUCCUGGGCACUUUCUACUACUUAUGGCAGGACAACCGAGCCCACGCAGCAUCCUCCGGCGGCCGGGGCGCAAAGAGGGCGGGCGGGAGGCCAGAGCAGCUCCGAGAGGACCGCACCAUCCCGCUCAUUGUGACAGGAACACCCUCCAGAGGCUUUGAUGAGAAGGCGUACCUGGCAGCCAAGCAGCUGAAGCCUGGAGAGGACCCCUACAGGCAGCACGCCUUCAACCAGCUGGAGAGCGACAAGCUGAGCCCCGACCGGCCCAUCCGGGACACCCGCCAUUACAGUUGUCCGUCCAUGUCCUACUCCUCGGACCUGCCGGCCACCAGCGUCAUCAUCACCUUCCACAACGAAGCCCGCUCUACGCUCCUGCGCACAGUAAAGAGCGUCCUGAACCGAACUCCUCCCAGCCUGAUCCAGGAGAUCAUUCUAGUGGAUGACUUCAGUUCAGAUCCCGAAGACUGUCUGCUGCUAACCAGGAUCCCCAAGGUCAAGUGCCUACGCAAUGACCGGAGGGAAGGGCUGAUCCGCUCCCGAGUUCGUGGGGCAGACGUGGCGGCAGCUGCCGUCCUCACUUUUCUGGACAGCCACUGCGAAGUGAACACAGAGUGGCUGCAGCCCAUGCUGCAGCGAGUGAAGGAGGACCACACCCGCGUGGUGAGCCCCAUCAUUGAUGUCAUCAGUCUAGAUAAUUUCGCUUACCUUGCUGCAUCUGCUGACCUUCGCGGAGGAUUCGACUGGAGCCUGCAUUUCAAGUGGGAACAGAUCCCCCUGGAGCAGAAGAUUGCCCGGACAGACCCCACCAAGCCCAUAAGGACGCCUGUCAUAGCUGGAGGAAUCUUCGUGAUUGACAAGUCCUGGUUUAACCACUUGGGAAAGUAUGAUGCUCAGAUGGACAUCUGGGGGGGAGAAAAUUUCGAGCUGUCCUUCCGGGUGUGGAUGUGCGGCGGGAGCUUAGAGAUCGUGCCCUGCAGCCGGGUGGGCCACGUCUUCAGGAAACGGCACCCGUACAACUUCCCCGAGGGCAAUGCCCUCACCUACAUCAGGAAUACCAAGCGUACUGCAGAGGUGUGGAUGGAUGAGUACAAGCAGUAUUACUAUGAGGCCCGGCCAUCGGCCAUCGGGAAGGCCUUCGGCAGCGUGGCCACGCGGAUUGAGCAGAGGAAGAAGAUGAACUGCAAGUCCUUCCGCUGGUACCUGGAUAACGUCUACCCAGAGCUCGCUGUCCCCGUGAAGGAAGUGCUCCCGGGCAUCGUUAAGCAGGGGACUAAUUGUUUAGAAUCCCAGGGCCAGGACACAGCUGGUAACCUCCAGCUCGGAAUGGGGAUCUGCAGAGGGUCUGCCAAGAACCCCCCAGCGGCCCAGGCGUGGCUCUUCACUGACCAUCUCAUCCAGCAGCAGGGGAAGUGCCUCGCUGCCACCUCCACCUCCGUCUCCCCAGGGUCCCUGGUCGUACUGCAGGCAUGCAACCCAAGGGAAGGCAGGCAGAGAUGGAGGAGAAAAGCCUCUUUCAUCCAGCAUUCAGUCAGCGGCCUCUGCCUGGAGGCUAAGCCCGCCCAGCUGGUGACCAGCAAGUGCCAGGCUGACGUCCCAGCCCAGCAGUGGCAGCUGUUGCCGCACACAUGACCGUAGCCCCCGGCCUCCUGUACCUUUUGCAUGAGACUUUGGGACCAGAAGGGGGUUGGGGUGGGGAAGUGUCAAGCGGGCUGUCUCCAUCUCGUCACAUUUCUGCCGGAAUCAUCAGCCAACACCGCUGCCACAACACACGAUGCUCCAAAGCUUGGAUGGGGAGGACGCAGGGGGAAUGCCCUGCUUGCUGUCCUGGCCACCACCCGGCCUUGCCUGGGGAUAACUGGACUGUGACUGGGCAGUCUGGCCCUUUGUUACUGCCCUUCACCCUCCCAAGGCCUGGACAGUGGUUUGGGGCCUCUCCUCGUGGGCUGGGAAAAGGAGGACAGCAGUCCCCCCGAGUCUUGCUGGGCCUUGGGGGCCUGCCUGUGGGGUCGGGCACAAGAGGAGAGCGUGGGCAGCCGUGGACAGGAGGCAGGCGGAAGGCAGAGGGAGGGGCAGCCUGUGGGCAGGUGGGGAACAGGAAGAAGUGAGCCGCUUAGGGGUCUGUCCCGGGCAGGCGCUGGGUUGGGGGCGGGAGGGAUGGGAGCCAGGGCCAAGGAUGGGUGAGCUGCAGAAAGACGGGAACAGAAAAGCCGCAAAGCAAGGAAAAGAAUUGGUUUCGCCCGGGGACCUAGUUCCUCCCAGGGCGCAGUGCCUCCAGGCCCGCGCUCUGCUUCCCACGUUCUCAGCAAGGCGCUGCAGGGGCACCUCCAGGGGCAGCCUCGGGACCCAGUUCAUUAAACAGAUCCCACUUCUGUUUGGAUAUGUGUCAAGAUCAGACCUCUCCCUUGGGCCUUAAAGACCAGCAGGUUCCCUGAGCGCUGCUUGGGCGCACCGGGUGGACCCCCGUAAGGGCAGGCGCCACUGAGCAGCUCCGUCCUCCCUGCUAGUUUUUGACUCCUGCCUUCUCUAAAGCCCUUGCCUCUGUAAAUACAGCAUCAUUAUGGGGUCGGGGCGCAGGGCGGUAAGAACGGGGAGUGUCGGUAAGCCAUGGGGCCCGUCAUCCAGGCUGGACUCCCCCACUGCCGGAGGGAGGCCCUUGGGGCUCACCUACUGCGGCGGCCUGCAGGCUGGCUGGCGGCCCCAGUUUGUACAGAGUUCCGAGUUCCUUCUCACACCCACUGGGCCUCUCUCCCCUUCCCCCAGGGCCUGGUCUUGGAACUGUUUCUGCUAUUAAUAUUUCCAACAUUCCUCUUCCCCUGCCCCACUGGCUUAGGCCCAGUGAU